AUGUUUCUCACAGCUUCUGAAAAGCCAAAUGCAAUUUUUGACAAGUUUAUAAAACAAGAGCAUGGUGUAUUCUUGAACAAGUAUCUUUGUGAAGACCCUCCACUACCAUCAUUCAAUAUAACACCUGAAAACAGUAAUGCAUCAAGGAUCAAAAUCAAUACUCCCAUGUUAUAUGAAGGGUUACCAUUUCUUCUGCUUUACAAACUCCCAGAGCCAGGUUCGGACUGUAAACCAUUAACAAGAGCAGAAAAUGUUUUGAAAUCAAUGAAACAGGCAAUAGAUAACAACAGCAACAUGCUCAUUAUGUUGGGAGUUUCAGGUUGUGGCCCAAAGGAUAUUAUAUUUCUUGUUUCAAUGCUCAGUGGUCAGCUUACAGAGGAUUUUGAAAGAAAUAGACAACAGGCAGAACAUCUUACUAGAUGUGCCAUUCUUACAUGUUUAUUUAUUCUGAAAUAUUGUAUUAUGGUGAAUAACAAAUUCAAUUCACAUAGUUGGCUUAUGUUCCAGGUUUGUCAGAAAAAAUAUGGUUUGUACUAUAAUUACCCUGGUGAUAUAUUUGUGGAACUUAUGAGUAGACUUCUAGAAUGUGAGAGGUAUGACAUUGUAAAGACUACUGAAGAAAUUUAUGAACAUUUGCAAAAUAAGCUUGAAAUUCAGGUAUUUCCUGUUAUCCUUGAUGAAGCUCAAACAUUGAAUCUUUACAAGGAUAAAUUCCGAUCAAGAAAGGACCCUGACCAAAAACGACCAUUAAUAUCUCCUUUGUUGAUGCAAUGCUUCAUCCUUGCUGAAAAAUUCACAGAUUUUGGUGGAUGGCAAGAUUCUAGACAUGUGAAGUCUUACACUGAUAAUAUCAUUGAUUUAACAGAAAAAGAAGUAGAAACAUUGCACCAACACUUUCAUGGGCAUUAUCAUCCAAUUGUAACAUAUAUUGAAAGUAUGAUCAAAGGCAAACCUUGUGUGGUUGCAGUGGAUAAUCUUUGGAAGAUCUUAACAACAAGCUGUGAUUUACCAGAUCAACAAGAACUAUCAUUCCAAAAGCAAAUGUGUCUUGUUGAAUAUGGAUUGGAUCAGUUACAAUAUGUGAAUUCACCAAAGCUGUAUGAUUUAAAAGAAAAAUUGAAAACUGUUGAUGAUGAUACAUUGACGGAAUCUUGUGUUGAAUUAUCUGCUCAAGAGAUAUCUUUGACAGCAUACGUGAAUGAACCUUUUGUUAUGACUGCACUUUACAAUUUUUUUGAUGAUAGAAAACAGUUGCCUCAAGCAGUUUUGACAGCUAUGACCACAUUUAGAAAUCACAACAUUUGUGAAUUUUUGUGGGAAAAUUAUCUAACCAGAGAGUUUGAAUGCAUGUUUGCACACCGGACAGAAGUGUGUCAAUUGAUGAUGUUCUUUGGGAUUGAAAAGAAAGAGUUUUCUGCAUUGUUUCAUCAGUCAGCAACAAUUGUUGAAACAGUGGGAUACUUGUAG